AUGAAACUGGACGCAAAAAUGUUACGCUAUAUGAACGCGGAAGAGUUCCGUGUUCUUACAGCAGUCGAAAUGGGUUCUAAGAAUCAUGAAGUCGUGCCAACCCCUCUGGUCGCCCAAAUAGCAGGAUUACGACAUGGGGGUAGUCAUAAAAUACUUGGUGAAUUAGCUAAGAAAAAUCUCGUAUCCAGGGUGAAGAAUGCUAAAUAUGAUGGAUAUAGAUUAACCUAUGGUGGAUACGACUAUCUGGCACUAAAGACAUUUGUAAAGCGUAAUAGUGUUUAUUGUGUGGGAAAUCAGAUUGGGGUCGGCAAAGAAUCAGAUAUAUACGUUGUCGCUGAUGAAAACGAAAAUCAAUAUGUUCUAAAGAUACACAGACUUGGUCGCAUUUCAUUUCGUGCAAUUAAAUCAAAACGUGAUUAUCUUCAACACCGAAAAUCUGCGUCUUGGAUGUACAUGUCGAGAUUAGCAGCUAUUAAGGAAUUCUCGUUUAUGAAGGUAUUGCAUGAAAAUGGGUUUCCUGUCCCUGAACCAAUCGACAAUUCCAGACAUUGCUUAAUAAUGGAAUUAAUUGAUGCUUACCCGUUACAGCAAAUAACUAAAGUGAAAGACCCCGGGAAGCUUUAUUCCGACUUGAUGAAUCUUAUUGUAAAGCUUGCGCAGUAUGGUCUUAUACAUGGGGAUUUUAACGAGUUCAAUAUUCUCGUAAAGGAAAACGGAGAUCCUGUGCUGAUUGAUUUCCCGCAAAUGGUGUCAACAUCACAUCCAAAUGCUGAAUGGUAUUUUAAUCGGGAUGUGGAAUGUAUAAGAACCUUUUUCAGAAAGCGGUACAAUUAUGAGAGUAUGUUAUUUCCCAAAUUUAAACUGGACGUAAAUCGAGAGUUUGAUCUGGACGUUCAAGUGGCUGCAAGCGGUUUCACCAAGCAAUAUCAACAAGAAUUAGAAAUGUAUCAAAAGGAAUUGGACGACGAUGAAGUUGAUGGUGAAUUAAAUAGUGAUCAUGAUGAAAAUUCGGAAGAGGAAGAUGAAGAAGAUGAUGUUGGCACGGCCGAGGAUUCGGUGGAUCUUUCAACAUCCGAAAAUGAACUAAGCUCAGAUUCAGAGUCAAACCCGGAGAUUUUGAACAACCGAGAUUACAAAGCUCACGUGGAUACCAAAAAAAACUCAAAAAAACCACCCCCCAACAACACUAAAUUCAGUGAGACAGAUAUAAAAUCUCGAGUAGUACAAUCGUUAAAGAAAAAGAGUGAUAAAAAGAAACGGUAUCAUUCAACGAGGAAUAAUGUUAAAGGAAAAGAAAAAAGAAAAGCCAGAGACGUGGCAAAAUAUAAUGGCAAGGAUGAUGGGAUUUUUGGUUGA